GUGAUUUAUAGCAGGACUGCGGCGGGCAUUCUGACACUGGGGGGAACUGACUUGGUGUCACUGACAUCCCCAGUGACACCAAUACAGUGAUCAGUGCUAAUAAAAAGCACUGACACUGUACUAAUGGCACUGGGCAGGAAAGGGUUAACAUCUGGGGAGAUCAAAGGGUUAACUGUGUGCGUUUUACUAAGGAGACAUGCUGUGCAGAGUGUGCUUUGUAUGGCUCUGCUAUGCAAAAAUCACACACAUAUUUUACACACACAUACACACACGUGAUUUUGCACACCCAUGCUGCCCUGUAGCAGU